AAACAAAACCCUAAAAAGGGUUCUUGUAAGAACCAAUCGCCGCCGGAUUCAUCUAUAACAUCGCUACUCUCUCGUUUCUUUCCUUUUUCAUCACUGCACCUUUGCCACUUUCUCUUCUUUUGCCUCGCUUUCUCACGUCAAUUUUGUGCUUGUUGAUUAAUAAUAGCAAUUUAUUGUCUAUAAUUAUGGAAACCUACUCGGCGGAGCUUAAAUUAAAUUCCUCAAUCUUUUGCUGAUUGAUUCUUCAGUUUUCGUUUCAGCUCCACGGAUGACUUGGGCGUAGUUUUCAUGGAGAUACUUUAUUACUAUUACUAUUAUUGUUAUUUUAAUUCUGUUCCCAGUAGUUAUAAGUGAGAACUUCUGAAGUUGUAAAUAUGGGGCUUCGGCGCUUUGAUGUGGAAAGUUUUGAUUUUUGAGUUGUUUAGCGGCUUAGGUUUUGGUUUCUGGUAAGGGGUAGUAGUGAUCAGGUUUUAGCUGGUGAAACUCCAGAUGAUCAAUUUGAGAUUUUGAAAAUGUUGUCUGAAUUAGGGACGAGGCCGAUGCUUGGUGGUAACGAGGGUUCCUUUGGAGAUGAUUUGGAGAAGGAGAUAGGGAUGUUGCUUCGUGAGCAACGACGACCAGAGGCUGAUGAUCACGAACGCGAACUCAAUUUGUAUAGGAGUGGAUCAGCGCCUCCAACUGUGGAGGGUUCUCUGAGUGCAGUUGGAGGGUUAUUUGGUGGUGGUAGUGGUGGUGGUGGUGGUGCUGUGGCUGCUUUUUCUGAGUUUUCCGGGGCUAAUCAUGGGAAUGGUUUUGCUUCUGAGGAAGAGCUUAGGUCUGAUCCGGCUUAUCUUUCAUACUAUUAUUCGAAUGUGAAUUUGAAUCCUCGUCUUCCGCCUCCUUUGCUUUCAAAGGAGGAAUGGAGGUUUAAUCAGAGAGUAAAAGGUGGAGCUUCUGUUCUUGGUGGAAUUGGAGAUAGGAGAAAAAUGGUUAAGGGUGAUGAUAAUGGUGGUAGAUCAUUGUUUGCAACCCCGCCAGGUUUUAACUUGAGGAAACAAGAGAGUGAGGUGGAUAAUGAAAAAAUGAGAGGGUCCGCUGAGUGGGGUGGUGAUGGACUCAUUGGUUUGCCAGGCCUAGGUCUUGGGAGCAAACAAAAGAGCCUUGCAGAAAUUUUUCAGGAUGAUUUGGGACGUAACAACUCUGUCUCGGGCUUUCCUUCUCGUCCAGCCAGUCGUAAUGCAUUUGAUGAGAAUGUUGAGAUGAUAACCUCUGCUGAAGCAGAACUGACUCAUUUACGCCAUGAUUCUUCUGCCACUGAUGCUUUAAGAACUGGAUCAAAUGUUCAGGGGUCAUCUGCAUCCCAAAAUAUUGGCCCUCAAGCUUCAUAUACCUAUGCUGCUGCAUUAGGUUCUUCCUUGUCACGAAGCACUACACCUGAUCCACAACUUGUUGCUAGGGCUCCCAGUCCUUGCCCCACACCUAUUGGUGGUGGUAGAGCCGUUGCUGCUGAGAAGAGAGGUAUUACCAGUCCUGAUGCAUUUAAUGGUGUUUCAUCUGGCAUCAAUGAAUCUGAAGAUAUUGUGGCUGCAUUGUCUGGCAUGAAUUUGUCAGCAUGUGAUGUGUUAGAUGGCGAUAACCAUUUCCCAUCUCAGGUUGAGUCAGAUGUUGAUAAUUAUCAGAGAUAUCUUUUUGGUAUGCAAGGUGGUCAGGAUCAUGGAAAGCAACAUGCAUAUUUAAAGAAAUCUGAAUCAGGACACUUGCAUAAUACAGCUUACUCUGAUUCUGGUAAGAGCAAUGGGAGUGGGUCAGACAUUAAUAAUUCAUCCUUGGAUAGGCAAGUUGAGCUACAAAAGUCUGCUGUUCCUCCCAAUAACUCAUAUUUCAGGGGAUCACCUACCUCCCCUUUUAGUGGUGGGGGUGCUUUGCCUGCACAGUAUCAGUCUUUAGAUGGUAGCAAUUCAUCAUUUACUAACUAUGGCCUGAGUGGGUAUGCUGGAAAUCCAGCAUUGUCAUCCUUGAUGGCUAGCCAACUUGGAACUGGUAAUCUGCCACCCCUAUUUGAAAAUGUAGCUGCAGCAUCAGCAAUGGCCCCUGGAAUAGACACAAGAAUUCUUGGAGGCGGUUUGGCCUCUGGAGUUGCUGCUCCAUCUGAUAUGCACAGUCAUGGUAGAAUGGGAAAUCAAAUUGCAGGUGGUGCUCUUCAGGCUCCUUUUGUUGAUCCCAUGUAUCUUCAGUACAUGAGGACAUCUGAAUAUGCUGCUGCACAACUUGCUGCUCUGAAUGACCUGUCUGCAGACAGGAACUACUUUGGCAACUCAUACAUGAAUUUACUUGAGCUUCAGAAAGCUUAUCUUGGGACUCUGCCUUCACCUCAAAAGUCACAAUACAGUGUUUCACUGGCUAAAUCAAGUGGCACCAAUCAUCAUGGUUAUUAUGGAAAUCCUGCGUAUGGCAUUGGCUUGUCCUACCCAGGAAGUCCAAUGGCAAACUCUUUAUCCACUUCUCCAGUUGGAUCUGGCAGUCCCAUUAGGCACAAUGACCUGAAUAUGCGUUUUGCUUCUGGAAUGAGGAAUUUAACUGGCGGUAUGGGACCUUGGCACCCAGAUACUGGGAACAUUGAUGAAAGCUUUGCUUCUUCUCUGUUGGAAGAGUUUAAAAGCAACAAGACCAAGUGUUUUGAGCUUUCUGAAAUUUCUGGUCAUGUUGUUGAAUUCAGUGCUGAUCAAUAUGGGAGCCGGUUUAUUCAACAAAAGCUUGAAACAGCAACUACUGAAGAAAAAAACAUAGUUUAUCAGGAAAUCAUGCCACAUGCUCUUGCUUUGAUGACUGAUGUCUUUGGUAAUUAUGUGGUUCAGAAGUUUUUUGAGCAUGGACUUGCAUCCCAGAGAAGAGAGUUAGCCAACAAGCUUUUUGGCCAUGUUCUGACUCUUAGCCUUCAAAUGUAUGGUUGUCGGGUCAUCCAGAAGGCCAUAGAAGUUGUUGAUCUGGACCAGAAGAUAAAAAUGGUUCAAGAGCUCGAUGGUAAUGUCAUGCGCUGUGUACGAGAUCAGAAUGGUAACCAUGUUAUUCAGAAGUGUAUUGAAUGUGUCCCUGAAGAUGCAAUCAACUUUAUUGUAUCAACUUUUUUUGAUCAAGUUGUGACACUAUCAACCCAUCCAUAUGGUUGCCGGGUGAUACAGAGAGUACUGGAGCACUGCAAAGACCCUAACACACAGCAAAAAGCUAUGGAUGAGAUUUUAGGAGCAGUUAGCAUGUUAGCACAGGAUCAGUAUGGCAACUAUGUUGUCCAGCAUGUACUUGAACAUGGGAAACCUCAUGAGCGUUCCGCUAUUAUCAAGGAAUUAGCAGGCAAAAUAGUUCAAAUGAGUCAGCAGAAGUUUGCCUCAAAUGUUGUGGAGAAGUGUUUGACCUUUGGAGGUCCUUCUGAACGCCAAUUGCUUGUGAAUGAGAUGCUUGGCUCCACGGAUGAAAAUGAGCCUCUCCAGGCAAUGAUGAAAGAUCAAUUUGCAAAUUAUGUUGUACAAAAGGUGCUGGAGACUUGUGAUGACCAACAGCGUGAGCUAAUUCUUUCACGAAUUAAAGUUCAUUUGAACGCAUUGAAAAAGUACACAUAUGGAAAGCAUAUUGUUGCACGUGUAGAGAAACUUGUUGCUGCUGGAGAAAGGAGAAUUGCUGCCCAGUCUCCUCAUCCUGCUUAGGUGGUCAUAGAAAAAGAAUGUUGUUUGUACAGCUAACUGAGGCUAGUGUGAGCUUCCUUCUCUCUUGUUCUCAUGCAUCCAGAGGUUAUAUUUACCUAUAUUUCGUGAUGAGUAGUAACCGAUUGGAAAUAAAAUUAUCGGUUGUAAUGAAGAAAUGUACAUUUUGUAGUUUUAAGUUUAUACAUAGAAUUUAAUCGAGGUGAGAGGUUCAGAUGUGUAAUGCACCUGCAGAGGAGAUAUAUUGACAAUACAAGCCUUUUUUAAGGAUGUAAAGUUUAUAAAAUGGUGAGGUAGUUUAUAUGUUGU